CGGCGUUACUUUCCGUCCAACCACGAUUGACACCAUGUGCUGGAAGUAUAUAUAUUGAGAUUGACUGCAGACUUUUCUUCCCGGCAACGACCGAUCGAUCAAUCAAAUCCGAGUUACAGUGCGGAUCGAAGGCAUGCAUGGCCCUCAUCAACGUGUAGGCAAGUGCAAGACUUUUCGUAGGGUAAAUAGGUGCGUUUGCAUCAACCAUGGCUGUUAGAGAUUCAAUUUCGAUUAAGAGAAUAUUGAUUCAUAUUCCAAGUAUUGACAACUGGAUCUCAAACACAGGGAAGACAAUUAAUUAAUGGUAGAUUAUUACUUGCAGUAGUAAUAAUAAUAAUAAUAAUAAUAAUAAUACAGUACUGCAGGAGGGACGGCUUGAUCGAGGGAUGACAAUUUCGAUUUUGACCUGUUUUACUCGAUCUGUUUUACCUAUUUUGGACCGGUAUGGCGAUACUCUCUUCUACUUGAUCAGUGGUGAUCCAUCUCAUUCCUGACCCAUUUUUUCCACCCAAAAUUACAUGAAAUUUUACUCAAAUUACUCGACAUUUUACUUUUACUAGCUCAUAUUUUAGCUAUAAUGAAGUUGUAAUUAUAUUUAUCAUAGGUAGUUUCUUGUUUUUUCUUUAAUGAAAAAUGAAUAUUACUAGUAUUUUCCUUUUAAAUUACAUACCUCUAUUGGUCGACUUGCCUGACCUGUAUCCCGUAAUAAAUUACUCGAUCUGUGAGGGGCACAGUGACGGAGGAAAGUCUAAGAGGAGAGGGGUCGUUAAUUCGUCUGACACUUCCAUUGUUGGUGUCUAUAUAUAGAUUGAGUGGCCCUCGAUCGAGAGUGGUAUUGCAAUUAUAUUUGGAACUAAUUGGAAGCAGUUCCAGAUCAAAAUGGAAACUAAAAUAUUGUUGAGGUUCCUAAUGGCGCUGGCCUUAGCGGCGGUGACGGUGAUGACGGCGGAGUGGCAGAGCUGCGUCGGUAAUUGCUUGGAGCAGGAAAGGCUUGCCAUCUUGGAUAUCCACGCCUUCCUCGGUGACGACAGCGCCCUCUAUUCACAAAGCAGCGGUGAUUGUUGUGGUUGGGAUGGAGUUACUUGCGAUGACACAACUGGGAGGGUGAUUCAGCUUGGAUUUACUGAGUAUGGAAGCUUCAGAGGAGGAGGAAGAACUAAACCAACUUAGUGGCUUGAGGCGGCUGAGUUUGGGCGGCAAUAACAUCCAAGGAUUCGUGUCAUAUCACGGUGAUGAAACUGUGUUGAGAUUGCCGCACCUGGAAGAGCUGGGUCUAUCUAAUACUAGCAUUAGCAGCACCGUGAUUUUCUCGGAAGUCAAGCAGCUUUACUCUCUCCAAUCUCUUUCACUCCUUUAUAACAAUCUAUUCGAAGGACCAGUGGACAUGAAAGAGUUGGCGGCUCUCACCAAACUACAAGGGCUGGAGUUAAGUGGGAAUCUUGUAGUGGAAGGUGCGUAUCAACUCUACUAAUUAAAUUGAGAAGAGGAAAAGAAAUUAACUCUUGUAAUUAAGGACUGAUUGUUUUUUUUUCUCUGAUGUUUGGAUUCAAAGACUUGGCCGCUUUAAUAAACUUAGAAUUGCUUCAACUAGGCGAGGAUCAUGAUAUUCGUGAGCGGCCUCCCCGGAAUAAGAAGCAUAGUUAGUAAAAUACGGUACGGGAAAGUUACGUAUAAAAUACGUACGGGUAUUAUACUUCGUCUCUUAGCUAAUGUUACGUUUAAUAGUACGUUAAUAGUCAUAAAUAUAUAAAAUUAAUUAUUUAUAUAAAUAAAUAAAUAUGUAAAAAAUAGUAAAGUUAAUAAUUUAUUUCAUUAAAUACGGAUAUUAAACGUGUUAUACGGAUUUUGUACGUGUUUAGUACGGGAACAGUCAAAUGAACGGAAACUAAUGAA